CUCCAGUUUUUCUGCUUUAACCACACCCACGAGCGCAUUUCUCGACACUGCGUCCCUCUCUACCUGUCUACACGAGACGAAUCUGUGCGUCCACGCACUGAAACCACGUAAAAGCGACACCAGAACCGUUGGAAAUACGUGGAAAUCGCGCGGCUUUUACACGAUGAUGGAUUAAAAACGUCUCUCGGUUUGAAGAGAAACUGCCACGAGAGACAGAAGCAUUUCUUCAGAAGAUUCAUCUGAUUUCCAGCCGAGGACAUGGACUGGAAGACCUUCCAAGCUCUUCUCAGUGGGGUGAACAAGUACUCGACAGCGUUCGGGAGAAUAUGGCUGUCAGUGGUGUUUGUGUUCAGGGUGAUGGUGUAUGUGGUGGCAGCAGAGAGAGUGUGGGGCGACGAGCAGAAGGACUUUGACUGCAACACGAAGCAGCCGGGCUGCGCCAACGUCUGCUACGACCACUUCUUCCCCAUCUCCCACAUCCGCCUGUGGGCCCUGCAGCUCAUCUUCGUCACGUGUCCCUCCUUCAUGGUGGUCAUGCACGUGGCGUACCGGGACGACCGCGAGCGCAAGUACAGGGCCAAGCAUGGGGAGACCGCCAAGCUCUACAACAACACGGGCAAGAAGCACGGCGGCCUGUGGUGGACGUACCUGAUCAGCCUCUUUGUAAAAACAGCCAUCGAGGUCGUCUUCCUCUACCUCCUCCACUGGGUGUAUGACAGCUUCUACCUGCCACGGCUGGUCAAGUGCGAGGUGUCGCCGUGCCCCAACCAGGUGGACUGUUACAUCGGUCACCCUACCGAGAAGAAGGUCUUCACCUACUUCAUGGUGGGCGCGUCGGCCCUCUGCAUCGUCCUGAACAUCUGCGAGAUCGUUUACCUCAUCUCCAAGCGCGUCGCGAGGUGCGCCAACAAGAUCAAGAGGCGCAAUCGCAACGUGGCCGUGCAUCACAGCGACUACCACGACGACCCGUUCAACACAACAAACCAGCCGAUGCCAACGAUCGAAGAGAAGGAGUCGCCGCCGCCCUUCAAGGGCACCCUGCCGUCGUUUCAGCCGGCCACGCUGAAACUGCACGACAAGAUUCGGGCCUCGGCUCCCAACCUGUCCUCUAUGUCAUGAUCGAAGCCAAAGCCAGGACAAAUAUCAGGAGCUCAGCAGUGUUUGGGCUGCAGAGCCUCAAAACAGACUCAGUUCAAUGAGCCAAAAACACAGAAUGUGUGAGAACCUGGAGGCUGAGUCAUCCUUACUGGAUUCACUCUGUGGGCCUCUGUGUCCACAUCCACAGACUCUUCUGGAGAGCAUGAACUUUGGUUUCCAAGUCGACUUCCACAAUAUUUACAAGUCAUUUAGAGCCAAACUGAUUUGUUGAUAAAUACGCGAGGUUCCUUUUUUGAAUACAAUAGCGGUCUCUGCACCUUUUCCAUCGUCACAGUUUCACCUCUGUUAGAACAUACCAGCGGAGUUUCACUCCGUCUUUGUCGUGAUUGGCGUUUUGACACAGGAAGGAAACAAUGUCACUCACCAGCCGUAGGGAGGCAGGACACACCUGGCAGAGGUAUUCACCCUCCCUGCCCGUGUGUACAGUGGUGUGUCAGGGUGCUUUUGAGUGUAAAGUGUACAGUCCACUCAUCUCUUAUUUAAUUUACUCUCAGAUCUCGGACAGUUUUGUCGUCCCAGUGAUCUCAAGUUUUCUAUGUAUGGUAAACACAGCUGCACCGGAGCACGGACGCUCCCGAAGCCCUGGAGUUAUGGCUGUUAUUACUUGAAUGUGUGUGUACGGGCCCAAAAUGACUAAAACUAAAUCACUAAUAUAUCAUCAGUUUAUCCCUUUAUGUUUCCCCCGUCCACAGACUUUAAAACUCUCUCUCAGGUUUGUGCUGCACAGCUACGUGUUGUUGUACAUAUAGACCGCUGUACACAAACUCGCCUCACACCAACGUUGUUGAUUUAAAGGAAUGCUGCUGUUCAAUUCUGUUGCUGGAGCUGUAGCACAGCAGGAGGAAAUGUAUUUUCCCUGCACUUGUUACUGAACUUGUCAUUUUUAUAACUUUGAAUAAAUUAAAUUUAACUAUA